CUCGCACCGUGCAUUUAACAUCUUUCUCUCUGAGUGUGCGUUCUUCACAUCGGUCUGUCUGUGUCCCUUCCUCUUUUUAUCUCGCCGAUGCUGGUUCUUGGACAGAUACAUGCCAGGGAGAUAAAGAGGACGAGGAGUUAGUCUUCGGCAGAGAGGACCGGUCCAGCGAGGCAUGUGUUGUCGAAUUCGCCCUCGCGUCUAAAAGCUCGCUGGAACACGACUGGGAACUGGAAGCCAUGUCGAGUCGCACAGUCAAGGAUUUCUGUGGAGCUUGGUGAAGGCGGGAGUGACAUUUGUGGUAGUUAUAGUUACAUUAUAUGUUGAGUGUUUUAGACAUGUCUGAGUCCCCCGGAUAUUCUUUCACCAUGGAGAACUAUACGAUUGACAUCCUUGACAACAACGACGACAACGAAUCGUACACGCUGUAUAAUGAAACGUACAGUAACCUUUCGUGUUCGAGAAACGAUUCGUUAUUUUACAUUAAUGUGACCCUUCAGUACCCCCUGGAGUUAGCGAUGCCCCUCUACGGCUAUGCUCUGCCUGUGCUCUUCCUGGUGACCACGAUUGCCAACACCCUGAUCCUCGCUGUGCUUAGCCAGCGACACAUGCGAUCCCCGACGAACGCGGUCCUGAUGGCCAUGGCCCUCUCCGACAUGCUGACGGUGCUCUUCCCAGAGCCGAUGUUCUUCUACAUGUACACGCUGAACAACCACCCGAAGCCUCUGUCGCCGCCCUCGGCAUGCAGCGCCUGGAUGAUCAUGCACGAGACCAUCCCCAACCUGUUCCACACAGCGUCCAUCUGGCUAACGGUGGUGCUGGUAGUACAGCGCUACAUCUACGUGUGCCAUGCGUCGGUGGCCCGAGUCUGGUGCACUCUACCGCACGUCAUGAGAGUGAUCGCCUUCAUUUUCGUCCUGGCCACCAUCCACCAGGCGCCGCGACUCUUCGACACCGUGUACACCCCCAUGAUGAUCGAGGGAGACGACGAAUGUGUCGAGGUAUGCGUCAUGAGUUAUUCCAGUUGGGUCACGGACCUGCUGACUCUCGAUAUAUAUUUCUCAUGUUAUUACAUCUUCAGGGUGAUCUUCGUGCACCUCGGGCCAUGCUUCGUGCUGGUCAUCCUCAACGUGCUUUUGUACAGGGCCAUGCGACAAGCGCAAAAGCGGAGGCAGAAACUCUUCAAAGAAAAUGACAAGAAGAAGGAAUGCAAGAAGCUGCGCGACGACUGCACGACGUUGAUGCUCAUUGUCGUCGUGACAGUCUUCCUCAUCACGGAGAUCCCGCUGGCAGUCAUCACAUUCCUGCAUGUUCUUUCUGCGAAGAAUAUCGUCCAGGUCUUCUCGGAUGAAUCUUACAACAUCGUCAAUUACUUCUUCAUCAUCUCCAACUCUUUCAUCAUCUUCUCAUAUCCCUUCAACUUCGCCAUCUACUGCGGGAUGUCGCGGCAGUUCAGGGAGACCUUCCGAGACCUGUUCAUCCGCGGCCGGAGGAUGCCACGCCGCGACGACUCCACCCGCUACUCCAUGAUCAACGGCCCUCCCAAAACGUGCUCCACGGAAGUCUGAGGACGGAUUGCCCCUAAGAAAGGGGCAAAGAAAAAUGACUUGGGGCGCCCGGUCACCAUCUGCCAGAUCACCUCGCCCACGACGGAGGGGAUGGCGACCAACAGU